CGGCCGUCUCCACAGCGCCAUUUUCACGAACGGCUCGGCGCCAAUUAGACAGACCGGCACCCGUCAGUUCGACACAUUUGUCAAGUCCAGCUAGCGCCAUGCCUGCGGGUACGACGUAUGUGGUUCGCUCGUCGCGCUUUAGCACGAGCAAACCUCCCGUCGUCCAACCCGCCACGGAGCCUCCGGCGAUCGCGAUCCCAACGCUCGCCCGCCUUACCAAAUGGCAGCACUUUGCUAGGUUUUGCUUUGUCAUUGGCUGCCUCUGGAACGCCGCCGCGCCGCUCAAAGCGUGGUUCCUCUCGCGCUACGGCUUUGUGCCGACAACGACAACGACGAUCGUGAAUCUCAACUGGGACACGGUGCUCAACGGCAAGUUCCUCACGCAACUCUACACCAACGCCGGCAUUCCACUAUCGAAGCCCCUCACUGCGACGCGCUACCUCAAUGUCUUUACGGACUUCAAGAUUCUUCCGCGCUCGAUUGCGACGUGGGCAGGAUCGUACGCUGGCACCGAGACCGUGUACCAGAUGGACUUGGACGGACGACCGCUGCGUCGGUCGCUCGACGGUGCCGCCGAAGUCGCCGCGUUCAACGCCGCACUGCCCGCGUUCACCACGAGCGGCUUCAACCUCUGGGGCGCCGAGCGCAUCUACAGCUACGUUCCGCCCACCACCGCAUUUGGGAGUCUCCAGGACGUGGCCGAGGCCGUGCUGUGCCUCAAAGGCAUGUCGCUCGAGACGUUUGUGAACGUCCAGUACAAGUCGUCGCUCAACCCGCUCACAUCCCCGAGCGACGCCGCCGCCAUGGCCAUGUGGCGCACGCAGUUGUUUCCGCAUCUGACGUCGUGCUUGGCGCGCCGGGCGACGCUGAUCGCAUCGGCGGCGACACCGGCGGCCGGUGUCGUCGCACUCGCCAAGGAAUUGGCAUCGACGUACAACUUGAGCUUGGCGAAUAUCGCGGGCACCAAGCAACUGUUUGCGCCAACGACGUUUCUCGACGGCUUUAUCGACAUCUCGGGGCAGAGCUCGGGCGCCGCCACCUACGAGAUCAGCGGCCGCGACCUCUUCGCCACGGCGCUCGGCGGCAGCGGCUACAUCAACUCGAUCUUUGCACCGCGCGAGACGGCGUGGUGGUGCUCGAUCCAGUACGUGGACCCCGCGACGAACGCUCCGAACCGAACGCAGUGUUUCGAGCGCAUGGCUGUCUCUUUGCCGGCGUUCUUUGUCGGCAAGUACAUUGCACUGAACUCGGGCUCACGGUAUAUCGACAACGCCGACGUUGUUCCCAGCACAACGAUUGGCAAUUUGCAGUCGUACCACUACAAGCACCACGACGUGCAGCCGCUGACGUCUGUUCACUUGGCAACACUGGGCAACCGCACGACGUGGGCGGCGUUGAUACCGGAGGUGAUUGCGACCGUCGCGCAGAAACCAGUCGACACGAGCGAUGCGAUCGAAGAACUCUGUUUUGUCGGUGACGGAUGCUUUGCUGCGUGUCUGAACGAGACGGCGAGCGGCGGGACCACGUACACCUACCGACGUGGCGGCGAGUGCGUCACGACGAUCGACACCGUUACCGUGUCGCUGAACGAGUUGUACGUCGACCUGGCGUGCCUCGGCCUCGGCACUGGCACGUCGCAUGUUCGAGUGACCUAUAUCAACAGCGCCGGCAUCCGAUCGACGCGCGUUGCGUCAACGGCCGCGUCCCCGAUGGCGAUCUUGGCGUGUAUCGUUGGCGGGCGUAUUCCGAAUGGCGACUCUUUCCCAUCCAACUUUAUCGAUAUGGUGUCCCGGGGCACCGAAGUCUCAUUGGUCGUCACGUCGUCCAAUGGCAGCGAAGCCAUCAUGCUCAACUUCAUUGCGCUCAUCUCGCUCCUCGGCUACAUCUUUUAUUUGCUUUGGAUCGUUCUGUAUCUGGUGAAAACCGAUGCGUGGAUCCGGCGUCUUCCGCCCACGGAACACAAGAUGCAGCUGCGCUUCUCGAUGGCCAAGUGCAAUGUGAGCAGCGUUGUCUGGAUGAUCCACCGCAAUUCGAUGCGCAUCACGGGCUUUCUGGGGCUUGUCGCAUGGCACGUCGGUGCGAGCGACUGCCACUGCAACUGGAAUUCGUCGAGCGAUGUUCGCAUCGACCCGAUCUACGGCUGCAGCAACGAUCCGACGGGUCACUUUCGCAACUUUAGCGAGUGGAUUCGCCUUCUCUCGUACGCGUGGGUCUUUUUCGCGCUGGUGUACAUGGACCUCAUGCCCGGGAUUGGCUCCAACUUGAAGGGGUAUGCGACCGCUGUCAUCAUGCUGAGCCUCUUGCCGCUCGCGCUCUGGGCGUACGUGAUUGGCGAGCUCUGGCGACUCCGUGCGCAAUGGAGCUGGCUGACAUGGAUGCACAGCCAGCUCUUUUUGAUUCUCUUUUGGCUCGCGGUGUGCGUCACCAUGCGCAGCCGCGUCACCUUGCCCUACAUGCGCCUUGUCGACUGGUGUCUCUACCGCAUCGGCAUGCGCAAGCAGUCGAUUGACCGCAAAAGCCCGUUUCGAACACUAAUUGGGACGCACUUUUGGACGCCCGCAGCGCUCUUUCGACCCGAAGACAUUGCGUACGUCCCUAUGAGCGUGCUCCUGAAGACCAAGGGCAUCGUUUUGGAAAAUAUUGUCGACCAUACGUACUUUACCUAUGGCGUCGACACCGAUCUCGAUGACGAGUCGAGGAAGCCACGAACGCACCCCGACUGGGUCCUUGCGCAACCCGAAUACUACGUGUGUGUCGCGACAUGACACGUUCGUUGUAUUAGCGACAUGUCCUUUUAUAGUCCUUUAUAUAUAUAUAUAUCCGAAUAUCGAUGCAACUGGUGGCACA